GUCUUCCAUGCCGGAGAAGUGCUUGCAUCUCUCCCCUCUCGCCCUCGGGGCCCAGCGCAGCCAGGAGCCCCAGGCCCCGUCCGGCCGCGCAGAACCUACCCCGGCAAGCAGAGCAAGCACGGCCGGGCGCCGUGGGGUCGGGGAGGAGGAAGACAAGGGUCCCCGACGGCGGGGCAUCCGGCGGAGGAAUCCGGCGUGGUGCUGACGCGGAGGGAUUGGCCGCACGUUAACUUCCGGCGAGGUCCUUCCCCCCCCCCCCCCCCAGCCAGGAAACAAUAACAAACGGAGGAGGAGGAAGCGACGCCUGGCUCUCCGGUGUGGAACGCUUCUCCUUCGAGAAGAUGCGCUGCGGGCCCCGUGAGGAGACGUGAAAGGGCCCGUGGACUCCAGCCAGCCCUCGUCCCACCUGCUGUCCACCUGCACCCCGCCGGGGGAGGGCCUCGCGGUGGCUGCCAUGGCGGGCGUGGGGCCGGGGGGCUACGCGGCGGAGUUUGUGCCGCCCCCGGAGUGCCCGGUGUUUGAGCCUAGCUGGGAAGAGUUCACGGACCCACUUAGCUUCAUCGGCCGGAUCCGGCCUCUGGCCGAGAAAACGGGCAUCUGCAAGAUACGGCCGCCCAAGGAUUGGCAGCCUCCAUUUGCUUGUGAAGUUAAAAGCUUUCGCUUCACUCCAAGGGUCCAGCGCCUAAAUGAACUUGAGGCAAUGACUAGAGUGAGACUGGACUUCUUGGAUCAACUAGCAAAAUUUUGGGAACUUCAAGGAUCUACUUUGAAAAUCCCCGUGGUAGAGAGAAAAAUCCUGGAUCUAUAUGCUUUGAGCAAGAUUGUUGCCAGCAAAGGAGGUUUUGAAAUGGUCACCAAAGAAAAGAAGUGGUCUAAAGUGGGUAGCCGCUUGGGAUAUCUGCCAGGAAAAGGAACUGGGUCUCUUUUGAAGUCGCAUUAUGAAAGAAUUCUCUACCCGUAUGAACUGUUCCAGUCUGGUGUCAGUCUUAUGGGUGUGCAGAUGCCUAAUUUAGAUCUUAAGGAAAAAGUGGAACCUGACGUUCUUCUCACUGAUACCCAAGCUUCCCCAGAUGCUGGCACCAGGAUGAAUCAUUGGCCGAAGAGAACAAGACGCCUCAAAUCUCAGUCAGAACCUGGAGACAUGAAUAGAAACACAGAACUGAAAAAACUUCAGAUUUUUGGGGCUGGGCCCAAGGUUGUAGGUCUGGCAAUGGGCGCAAAAGAGAAAGAAGAUGAGGUCACCCGAAGACGAAAAGUUACCAACAGAUCAGACGCAUUUAACAUGCAAAUGAGACAACGGAAAGGAACUCUCUCUGUUAACUUUGUUGAUCUUUAUGUUUGUAUGUUUUGUGGUCGGGGAAACAAUGAAGAUAAAUUGCUCUUGUGUGAUGGAUGUGAUGACAGCUAUCAUACAUUUUGUCUAAUUCCUCCACUGCCUGACGUGCCCAAAGGAGACUGGAGGUGUCCUAAAUGUGUUGCUGAGGAGUGUAACAAACCCCGUGAAGCCUUUGGAUUUGAACAAGCUGUACGAGAGUAUACGCUUCAGAGCUUUGGAGAGAUGGCCGAUAACUUUAAGUCUGAUUAUUUCAAUAUGCCAGUACAUAUGGUUCCCACGGAACUCGUAGAAAAGGAAUUCUGGCGGCUAGUGAGCAGCAUUGAAGAAGAUGUUAUUGUGGAGUAUGGAGCUGAUAUCUCCUCCAAAGACUUUGGAAGUGGAUUUCCUGUGAAGGACGGUAGGAAGAAGAUGCUUCCAGAAGAAGAGGAAUAUGCACUUUCUGGUUGGAAUUUGAAUAACAUGCCUGUUCUAGAGCAGUCUGUUCUUGCACAUAUUAAUGUGGACAUCUCUGGUAUGAAGGUGCCAUGGCUGUAUGUGGGGAUGUGUUUCUCUUCUUUUUGCUGGCACAUUGAAGAUCACUGGAGUUACUCCAUCAAUUACCUACACUGGGGGGAACCAAAGACAUGGUAUGGUGUGCCAUCUCAUGCUGCAGAACAGCUGGAGGAGGUGAUGAGAGAGCUGGCUCCUGAGUUAUUUGAAUCCCAGCCUGAUCUGCUACAUCAGUUAGUCACCAUCAUGAACCCCAAUGUGCUAAUGGAACAUGGUGUGCCUGUCUACAGGACCAAUCAGUGUGCUGGAGAGUUUGUUGUGACGUUCCCUCGUGCCUACCACUCUGGAUUUAAUCAGGGGUACAACUUUGCUGAAGCUGUGAACUUCUGUACUGCUGACUGGUUGCCCAUUGGACGUCAGUGUGUGAGCCAUUACCGCCGGCUGAGGCGCCAUUGUGUCUUUUCCCACGAGGAGCUUAUCUUCAAGAUGGCAGCAGAUCCUGAAUGCCUGGAUGUUGGCUUGGCUGCUAUGGUCUGCAAAGAACUGACACUCCUGACUGAAGAGGAGACACGGUUGAGGGAGUCUGUUGUGCAGAUGGGUGUCCUGAUGUCAGAAGAAGAAGUGUUUGAACUUGUUCCUGAUGAUGAACGGCAGUGUUCGGCAUGCAGAACCACGUGUUUUCUCUCUGCUCUCACGUGCUCUUGUAAUCCUGAGCGGCUUGUAUGUCUCUACCAUCCAAAUGAUCUCUGCCCCUGCCCCAUGCAGAAGAAAUGUCUUAGAUAUCGUUACCCAUUAGAAGAGCUUCCUUCCCUUUUGUAUGGCGUGAAAGUCAGGGCACAGUCCUAUGACACCUGGGUCAGUCGUGUUACGGAAGCAUUAUCUGCUAACUUCAACCACAAGAAAGAUUUGAUUGAAUUGCGAGUAAUGCUGGAAGAUGCCGAGGACAGGAAAUAUCCAGAGAAUGAGCUCUUCCGAAAACUCAGGGAUGCGGUAAAAGAAGCUGAGACCUGUGCUUCUGUGGCUCAAUUACUCCUGAGUAAAAAGCAGAAACACAGGCAGAGCCCAGAUAGUGGGAGGACACGGACUAAAUUGACAGUGGAGGAGUUGAAGGCCUUUGUCCAGCAGCUUUUUAGCCUUCCGUGCAUCAUCAGCCAAGCUCGACAAGUCAAGGUGGAGUAUUGCAUUAUUUCUUGGAAUUUGCUGGAUGAUGUGGAAGAGUUUCACGAACGUGCUCAGGAGGCCAUGAUGGAUGAAACCCCAGAUUCUUCUAAACUCCAGAUGUUGAUAGACAUGGGCUCCAGUCUCUAUGUGGAGCUCCCAGAGUUACCUCGAUUGAAACAGGAACUACAGCAGGCUCGGUGGUUGGAUGAAGUAAGACUGACCCUGUCAGAUCCACAACAAGUCACUUUGGAUGUCAUGAAGAAACUGAUCGACUCUGGAGUAGGGCUGGCACCCCAUCAUGCUGUGGAGAAAGCCAUGGCUGAACUGCAGGAGCUCCUUACAGUCUCGGAGCGAUGGGAGGAGAAGGCUAAGGUCUGCCUGCAGGCAAGACCACGACACAGCGUGGCAAGUUUAGAGAGCAUUGUGAAUGAAGCCAAGAACAUUCCAGCCUUUCUGCCCAAUGUGUUAUCUCUGAAAGAAGCCUUACAGAAGGCUCGAGAGUGGACAGCUAAAGUGGAAGCUCUUCAGAGUGGCAGCAACUAUGCUUACUUGGAGCAACUUGAGAGUUUAUCUGCUAAAGGACGUCCUAUUCCUGUGCGUCUUGAUGCGCUGCCCCAGGUGGAGUCACAAGUAGCCGCAGCACGGGCUUGGAGAGAACGCACAGGGAGGACCUUUCUGAAGAAGAAUUCGAGCCAUACCCUGUUACAGGUGCUAAGUCCCCGUACUGACAUUGGUGUAUAUGGGAGUGGUAAAAAUAGACGGAAAAAAGUUAAAGAAAUAAUAGAAAAAGAAAAAGAGAAGGAUCUGGACAUUGAACCUUUGAGUGACCUGGAGGAAGGAUUGGAAGAGAGCAGAGACACAGCUGUGGUGGUGGCAGUUUUCAAAGAACGGGAACAAAAGGAGAUUGAAGCCAUGCAUUCCCUUAGAGCAGCCAACCUAGCCAAGAUGACCAUGGUGGACCGCAUCGAAGAAGUGAAAUUCUGCAUUUGCCGCAAGACAGCAAGUGGGUUUAUGCUGCAGUGUGAGCUGUGCAAAGACUGGUUCCAUAACAGCUGUGUUCCCCUUCCUAAAUCAAGUUCCCAGAAGAAAGGAUCCAAUUGGCAGGCUAAAGAAGUAAAAUUCCUUUGCCCUCUUUGUAUGCGUUCUCGAAGGCCGAGGCUAGAGACUAUUCUGUCACUCCUGGUGUCUCUUCAAAAGUUGCCUGUACGGUUGCCAGAGGGGGAGGCCUUACAGUGUUUGACAGAACGUGCUAUGAGUUGGCAGGAUCGAGCCCGGCAGGCCCUGGCCACAGAUGAGUUGUCCUCUGCCCUGGCCAAGCUGUCUGUGUUGAGCCAGCGUAUGGUGGAACAAGCAGCUCGAGAAAAAACUGAGAAGAUCAUUAGUGCAGAACUCCAAAAAGCAGCUGCCAAUCCAGACUUACAGGGGCACUUACCUAGUUUCCAGCAGUCUGCUUUUAACCGGGUAGCGAGCAGUGUGUCAUCUUCCCCUCGACAAACAAUGGACUAUGAUGAUGAAGAAACAGAUUCUGAUGAAGAUAUUCGGGAGACAUACGGCUAUGACAUGAAGGAUACAGCUAGUGUGAAGUCUUCCAGCAGUCUGGAGCCCAACCUUUUUUGUGAUGAGGAGAUCCCUAUCAAGUCUGAGGAGGUGGUAACUCACAUGUGGACAGCACCCUCCUUCUGCGCAGAGCACGCCUACUCUUCUGCUUCCAAAAGUUGUUCUCAAGGUUCUAGCACACCAAGGAAACAACCUCGAAAGAGCCCUUUGGUGCCCCGGAGUUUGGAACCUCCGGUUUUGGAGUUGUCACCUGGAGCCAAAGCCCAGCUGGAAGAACUGAUGAUGGUGGGAGAUCUCCUAGAAGUAUCUCUGGACGAGACUCAGCACAUUUGGCGCAUUUUGCAGGCCACUCACCCACCCUCUGAAGACAGAUUCCUGCAUAUCAUGGAGGAUGAUAGCAUGGAAGAGAAACCAUUAAAAAUGAAGGGAAAGGACUCUUCCGAGAAGAAGCGGAAACGGAAGUUAGAAAAGGUAGAACAACUUUUUGGGGAAGGAAAACAGAAGUCUAAGGAGUUAAAGAAGAUGGACAAGCCUAAAAAGAAGAAAUUAAAGUUAAAUGCAGACAAAUCAAAGGAGCUGAACAAACUGGCCAAGAAAUUAGCAAAAGAAGAAGAGAGAAAGAGAAAGAAGGAGAAGGCUACUGCUGCCAAAGUGGAACUUGUGAAAGAGAAUACUGAGAAGAAAAGAGAGAAAAAGGUGCUGGACAUCCCCUCCAAGUAUGACUGGUCAGGAGCAGAGGAAUCUGAUGAUGAGAAUGCUGUGUGUGCAGCACAGAACUGCCAGAGGCCCUGCAAGGACAAGGGAGUUGUAUUUGUAACGGAAGAAGAGAAGAAUAAAAAAUAUUAGUUUAAAAAGUGGCCUAUGUGACUGCUUUUCUAAAAAGGUAGACUGGGUACAAUGUGAUGGUGGCUGUGAUGAGUGGUUUCAUCAAGUUUGUGUGGGUGUAUCUCCAGAAAUGGCUGAAAAUGAAGAUUACAUCUGUAUAAACUGUGCAAAGAAGCAGGGCCCAGAUAGCCCAGAUGAAGCACCACCUCCUUCCUUCAUAAUGAGCUACAAACUGCCCAUGGAGGAUCUUAAAGAAACCAGUUAGCAAUUGCUUGUUUAGUUUGGGACUUGGGGGAAAAUGGACCACAUUGAGACCCUAGUCAUCAAGCAGAGUGGGUUAGAUCCGCUCAGAAUGUUGCUUCCAAAGAUGAGUGACCUUCAGAGAAAGUUCCCUUAGUGCUGGCUUCUGCUUGACGUGGACUGUGUGAGCUACGCUCUCUGUCAACACAUCUGUGUGGAGGGCAUCUUUGGUACAGCAGCCAGUAUUUUACCUCAUGUCUCUGUGGGUAUGGUUGACUCCAUCAAGGGCAGAUACUUGAUUGAUUGAGCUGUAGGGUGACAGUUUGCAUUAAAUAGAGUGAUGUGCUGGCAGGGUGUGUGGGAUGUGGCUUACCAGUCAGUAGAUAAUAGAGGCUUGCAACCUAGGCAACACCAACUGAAGGUACUGAUUGAUUGGGUCUCAUUAGUUGGGAUAGUUCGAAAAGAGGCAGAGCACAUUUUCCUUCUGUAGAGGUACAAGGAGGAGAAACGGGGUUGAAAUUGUGGGGUGGUGACACAGUCAGCACCCCUCAGAUACUUGUGCUUGUUUGUCCCGAGAAGAAACCCUCAUGUGAGAAAACUUCCUGUCUAGGGCAGUUCAUCUCGUUUCCCUGAGGAAGAGGUAGUCGUGAUCUAGGUCAGAAAUGCCGGUGGCUUGCCAGAGGAAAGCUUUUCCCAUCCCGAGGAGGGAGGCUCUCUCUCUUCCCACCCUGUCUGGAGAAGUCUGGCCACCGUGGGUCUAAACUUUAGAGGGGAGCAGGUACAUGAAUCCAGGCUUCUGGAGGAAGAAAAAAGAAGACGACGACCGGUCAGAAUGUCUUACAGUGAUGCAUGCGUUUCAGGAAAACCUUCAUUCAACGUAUUCCAGAUGCCACCAGGCUUCCGGCAUGAGGCAUGGCCGUGAGCAAGACCAGCAGAUAACAGCUUUUUGCCUGCAGCCCUGACCCUGAGCUCUCCUGUUUGCAGUGUGGGGCCCACAUCAGAUGCUAUGGAGUAACACCACCUUGGCCUCGCCAGAGGAGUUAGGGUCAAAGCACCUCUGUGGAGGAAGUUGUUUUAGUAAAUCCAUUUUUAAAAAGAAAACAAAAAAAAGGACUUGUUUUUACUUUUUUUCUAAAUGUCUCUGACUACUGACUUCUAUAAAUAGAUUAUUUUUCUUUUCUAAACAUACAUAUAUGAAUAUAUAAGUAAAUACAUAUAUAUAUAUUUACUGUUACCAGAAACGUAUGACAGAGUUUCAGCAUCAAAAAAUCCAUUUGGGGGCUUUUUGGGGUUUUGCUUUUUAAUAAAGAACCCAUUCCUUCCUUGUAGUACAAGGACUAGCACUCCCUUUCCCACCCUGGCCUGUCUGGUUCUUCCAUGUUGCUUUUGUUCAAAUAGGCGAUUAUAGUUCCUUUACAUGUUGGGACCUAACCCUGUCUUUUUGAGAAAUCUGAUCUAGUCUGUGCUGGGUUUUUUUUUUUCCCCUUUUGUAUGUGAAUGUUUGAAACUAUGGUGCUGUGUCCUCUGCUAUGUUUUAAAAUGUCAGUUGAGCUAUAUGUAGUUUUAUUAGAAUAGGACUCAUUUUUUCUAAAGGACAAAAAAAGUUACUAAAAAGUGUUUUGUCUUUACUAGUGUGUGUCACUUUAUUUUGCCUUGAACUUAUCAGUUUUCCCUUGUUUGGGAGUAAUGGGCUGGACUCAGAAACAGCUGGUAGUCUCCUCUUUCCCUUUUGCUGCAGUCUCUUCUAAGGAAAUGUCUUCUAGUAACUAGAAGUGAAUUGUACUGUCCAGUUACAGUCUGAGUGGGUAUGAGAUUUAACUCAAAA